CAGGAAAAGCUUUGCCGAAAGUAAAAACGUUUGUACAACGUUGUUUACACAAGUUGUGUUAACCCAAGAGUAGUUUGUCGACUCGUGCAUAAAUGAAAUUACUUCUGAAUCUCAGUAGAUAAUCUAGCAUUUUUGGAUUGUAUCAAGACGCUCAAGUCAUGGCUCUUAACAAGUCAAUGCAUCCCCGGAACCGGUACAAAGAUAAACCCCCAGACUUCGCCUACCUAGCAGCCAAGUAUCCUGAGUUCCAGCAGCAUGUGCAGACCAGCCUGGUGGGACGACCGGUCAUCAAUUUCAAAGAGCCAGAGGCAGUUCGGGCAUUGACUUGCACUUUGCUUAAAGAAGACUUUGGUUUGACCAUUGAGAUUCCUCUGGAGCGCCUCAUACCCACAGUCCCUUUACGUCUCAACUACAUUCACUGGGUGGAGGACCUUAUUGAUGGUCAAAAGCAACUACGCCGUGGCAUUGAUAUUGGCACUGGGGCAUCUUGCAUAUACCCUUUAUUGGGAGCCACAAUGAAUGGUUGGUACUUUCUAGCUACAGAGGUGGAUGACAUUUGCUUUGACUAUGCCAAGAAAAAUGUGGAGCAAAAUAAUUUGUCAGACCUUAUAAAAGUUGUGAAGGUCCCAAAGAAGACUUUACUCAUGGAUGCUUUAAAAGAGGAGACGGAGAUUGUUUAUGACUUCUGUAUGUGCAACCCGCCAUUUUUUGCAAAUCAGCUGGAAGCAAAGGGGGUCAACUCCAGAAACUCUAGACGGCCUCCUCCCAGCUCAGUGAACACGGGUGGGGUGACGGAGAUCAUGGCGGAGGGUGGAGAGCUCGAGUUUGUGAAGAGGAUCAUUCACGACAGUCUGCAGUUAAAGAAACGCUUACGGUGGUACAGCUGUAUGUUGGGGAAGAAAUGUAGCCUGGCACCAUUGAAAGAGGAGCUGAGAAAACAAGGGGUACCCAAAGUGACAUACACAGAAUUCUGCCAGGGGCGCACUAUGCGUUGGGCAUUGGCCUGGAGUUUCUAUGACGAUGUGAUUGUUCCAUCUCCCCCCAGUAAGAAACGUAAACUGGAGAAGGCCCGGAAACCACUGUCAUUCACACUUCCAGAGGCAGGGCUGAAGGAGCUCCAGACAAAGGCCUCUGCUUUGGGCUGCGCUGGUGGUUGCCCUGUGGAAAGUGUCACUUCUCUUCUGGAAAAAUCUUUAACUGAGCUACGAGUAAGCUAUGACAAAGACAGAAUUUUAUCCUUAAAUAAAUCAUUAUAUUGUAUAUUAUAUAGACAGCAGACCAUAGACAAUUUCAAACAUUCACCUUAUUUUGAUCCUCAGGUGCUGUUUAAGCACGCCCCAUGCAGAAAGCAAGAACAGAGCCUAUUUUUGACAGCUGUGGAGAACACAUGGAUCCAUGGACGUCAGAGACGACGUGAACAGAAACGACAGUUACGAGAGCUUCCUAGAGCCCCACAAAGUGCUAGUCUCCAAAAUACUGCUGCAACUACAGCACCAUGCCCCUCUACAAGUGAUUGCAACACAAAAGUAAAUGUACAAGUUGCUGGUAGCCCAGAGCAAAAUUGUCAAACUCAACCUGUGAAAAGAGAAGCACCAAAGGAACAAAUAGAGCCUGAAUCUGACCACAUGAACAAGGUCAAUACCAGCACUGAUACUGUAAUGGACACAAGUCCAAAGGAAGGACUUACUACAGAAAAUGAUUCGCCUUUACAGCUGCUCAGUAGCCAUGGUGCAGUUUCGCAGUUCCUGUUCAAAUGUUUGCUGAAUGUUAUGCUUGAGGAGAAAGAUGUGUUAGUGGAGUUGCAUUGGGUGGAGGGUCAGAACAAAGAUCUAAUGAACCAACUUUGCACGUACCUUAAGAACACACUGUUGAGGUCUGUGGCAAGGUAAAUGUGUAGCUCUAGUGUGCACAGCUUUUAGUGUUUGGAUCUCUUGGUAUUAAUGAUACAAAAUAUUUAUUUUUGUUUAAUUAUGGUGUAACGCACUGUAACACCACAAGAGGGCAAAACAUUUCCUUUUAUUUGCCUCUGGAUAUUUUAAAGAUAAAGUGUUUAACAGUUGGCUGUUGGUUUUAGCUGAGCAAGCAAUCUAAAUUGCUUUCUUAGACACUUACGUGUUCAGUUUGCAGGUUCCAUGACUUGUCCAAUCAACAGGACAUACAAGUUCCAUAUUCACAUCAGGCUGCCCCUCAUACCAGUUGUACACAAACGUUUACACUAUAAUUAAUCUAGACAAAUGUGUGCCAUGUUAUUUGUAUUAUUCUUCUAAUAAA